AACCGUAAACAAAGCGUCAACUUUCCAACCAACCAAACACUUGUCGUCGUGUCCUGAUCCUGCUGUCAAGUGGUUUCAUCUUUGGACCCGAUAUUUGUGGACUUACGCGACUAGUGAAGCCGGCCAGCAUAUUGUUACCCAAAGUUGAAGUCUACCCGCUUCUUCGCCUGACUUUUAUUGUUGGAAAGACCAGUUUUUAUGCAGACAUGGGGGACAAAAGUACCUUAUUAACCUAUUUGUUGUGGCUGGUGGGAGGUAUAUUUGGUCUGCACCAUUUCUACUUGGGUCGUGAUUCUCAAGCAUUCCUUUGGUGGAGCACUCUUGGUGGCUACAUAGGUUGUGGCUGGUUGCGUGACAUAUUUUACAUUCCUACCUAUGUUGCUGAUGCGAAUGGGGAGAGAGCUUUCUUGGAGAAACUUAUAACUGCGUUCAGAACUCAUGACAAGCCACCAUUCUCAACUACUCGAUUCUGUGGAAUGGUUAUUGUUGGCUACCUUUGGGCAUCUAUCUUAAUGUUGGCUAUCCCAGAAGAUGAAGUUGCUGGUAUUAACUGGAGGUUCUUGCUAUUCCUUGGUCCAUUAGCAUGUGCUGUGGGUGUUUGGACUGUGGGCAAUAUUGGACAUGAAGAGGGCUCUAUUUGGUGGCCACUGGUUGCAGCCUACGCAACUUCGCCUCUCUACUUUUACUUUCACAUCUAUAUCCCCUAUUUAGAUGAUGCGACAGCAUUCACUCUUAUGGUAUUCUGCUCUGCAUGGGCAUUUGAUUCAAAGGCUAAGCAGUGGAGACGUACCCCAAAAAAGAAGAAGUCUCUUGCCAGGAGAAUCACAACUCUGACUCUGUGUGCCCUACUCUACAUGUCUCUAUGGUCCUCUUACAUAUACUUCAAUGCAAAGCUCACUGAUGCUGAGGGAGAAGAAAUUCCAGUACAUAAGGCAAUUCAUCAUUUUCUCACAUCGCCAUGGUGGUUGGAUCUAAAACAGUCCCUUCAUGAUACUUGGACAUUUGCUCAAAAUAAUGGUUGGAGUGAAACAUGGAAACAAAUAGUGGAGCUGAGUGAUCCACAUGGGGAACAAAAUGCUUACAGGGUUUUGGGGGUAACUGCUAUCGCCACUCAAUCAGAAAUCAAAUCCAAGUACAGAGCCCUAUCAUUGGAAUGGCACCCUGAUAAGGCCAAGGACCCUGAAUCAAAGCGUAUUGCUCAGGAGAGAUUUGUUGAGAUUCAACAAGCUUAUGAGAUUUUGUCAAGCAUCAAAUCCAAAAGGAGGAGUCGCUCAAGGAAGAGUGAUCCUGAUUGGAGUUAGAUGAUGUAUCAGUAUUUCUUGUAUCUUACAUCAUUUCAAGUCGUCAUCUUGUUCCAAAUUCAUGAGACUGGCUACUAAGUCUCCUUUAGUUUGAACAGACUUACUGUUUUGGCAAUGCACUGUUGGGUAAAAGUUUAAUUGGAUUAUCUUUUGUAAGAAUUUCAUUCAUUGUUGGUUGCACAAUAGUUUUUCAUGAAUUUGCAUUUACAUUUUUAUUGCAAGUUAUACCACAAGAUUUAUUAUUCUUUUGUUUGGGUAUUAUAUUUACCCUGUGUUAUUUUGAAACCUAACUAUGCCCCUUUUGUUUUUGCAACGAGAGUUUAGAAUUUCUUUUUAAUAUCUAUCUAUUUUUGUACCAAUUUCAUUAUAGUGUACUGUGAUAUGCUCUUAAUUUAGGAAAAAAGAAGUAGACAAUACAAGUAUCAGAACUUGCACAUUAUACUCAGUUUGCUCACUAAGUAAACCAAUUCCAUUUCAGUAUCAAAAGUAUUUAUUUGAUGUAAUUCUGAGAAUCGUGAUAAGUAUUUGUGCUAAGAUCUCUUUUUUUUUUAGACCAGUUGUAAGAAUACUGCCCAGGUACUUAAUCUUCACAAUUUAGAGUCUUUAUUCCAUAUUAUUUAUGUAUUUAUCUAUUUAUUGGAAGCUUUCCUUUUCCAUAUUUGUAUGGUUAAAGUGCCAAAUGAGAGUUCUCUCUUGAUUCUAAUCAGCUGCUGGAUCAGUAUGAACAUCACAUAUAUGUUUUUAUGUGAACUUGUUUCAUAUUGUAUUUUAUUCCAUUUUGUUUUCCAAUCUUGUUUAGGUAUUUGAAUUUGUUUCUAUGUUGUGUUUUUAUUUGUGAAACUAUUCUGACAGUUUUUAUAUGUAUGUUGUUGUGUAAGUAAUGUUACAUCCCAAGCAUUCCCAGAUAGAUUGUUGAGUUGGUUAAUUGAAAGCUAGAAUGCAAGUUGGACAGUCAUUCAGUGGCGGUAGUGAAUAGACGAAACUAGGUUCUAUGAACUGCUGGAUAAAAAUACUCAAUAAAGUAUUUUGGUACUAUAAA